GAAGGUUGAUGUCAUCCUGCUGUGUUCCACUGGCUAACUACUCCUGACUAUCACACAUGGAAACAUCAGCCAGCCUGGAAAUAGAACGUGGAUGUCGAUGGAUGCCCUCAGGUAAGGACUUUUCACUUCUUGUUGGAACGUGCAGGUGUGGAAGCGGGGGGCUGCGGACACAGAGGUGUUGCGUUGCCGCGGUUACCAAGGCCUCACUUCUACUACCACAAAGGAUGUGGAUGGACCAGCACGCCAGGAGCCGAGCUCAGCGUCGCUAUGACGACGAGGAGGACGACGUCGAGCCCUUCUACAUCGGCGUGCCCGUGUCCCACAGACGCAAGAGACGCCGCCACCGCUCCUACAACCACGACAGCGACCGCGGCUCCCGCCAAUCGCACUACGAUCACCACGGUUACCACCAGCCCGCCCACCAAGGAGCGUACAGCGAGGAAAGCUGCGCCGAGCUGGCGCCGCGCGCCGAUCUCUCAGUGUCACCGGCGGCCGAGAGACUGCGUCACAUCCUGGCGGAGGACGACGGCGGCGGGCCGACGCCCACCAUCUUCACGGAGAUGGACACGCUGCAGCAGGAGGGCGGCGAGCUGGAGUGGAAGGAGUCGGCCAGGUGGGUGAAGUUCGAGGAGAAGGUGGAGGAGGGCGGGGAGCGCUGGAGCAAACCCCACGUGUCCACGCUGACGCUGCACAGCCUCUUCGAGCUGCGGACAUGUCUGCAGACAGGAAGCAUCCUGCUGGACUUGGACGCCUUCUCGCUGCCGCACAUCGUGGACGAGAUCGUGGAGCGGCAGAUCGCCGACGGCCUGGUCUCGGAGGACCUGAAGGAGAAGAUCAGCUUCGUGUUGCUACGACGACACCGCCAUCAGACCAAGAAGCCCAUCCACCGCUCGCUGGCCGACAUCGGGAAGUCCUCCUCCGCCGCCGCCAACCGUAGUCCUCAGGGCGCGCUGAGUCGUAGCACUAGUACUACUUCCGCCAUCCAUCGAUCCUCUGAUGACCUGCGCUCGCGACACGCCAGCAGCCUGGGACGCCUGCACCACGCGCAGAGUCGCAGCAUGAACGACAUUUCUGACACGCCCAGUUCAGACCAGCUGAAGAACAAAUUCAUGAAGAAGAUUCCUCGCGAUGCCGAGGCGUCCAACGUGCUGAUUGGCGAGGUGGACUUCCUGGACAAACCCUUCGUCUCCUUCGUGCGCCUGGCCCAGGCCACCACGCUGGGCGGUCUCACGGAGGUCCCGGUACCGACCAGGUUCCUCUUCAUCCUGCUGGGUCCUCAGGGAAAGACCAAGUCCUACAACGAGAUCGGGCGGGCCAUCGCCACGCUCAUGGUGGACGACCUAUUCAGCGACGUGGCGUACAAAGCCAGGGACCGCGAGGACCUGAUCGCAGGCGUGGACGAGUUUCUGGACGAAGUCAUCGUCCUCCCCCCUGGAGAAUGGGACCCCAAAAUCCGCAUCGAGCCCCCCAAGAAGGUUCCGUCAGCCGACAUGAGGCAGGAGUCGGCGCCGCCUGACCGUGUCGUCUUCGUCGUCGCCGUCGGACGCAACUUAACCCGCUCUCCUUGCAGGAAGUCGGUGCUGAACCUGAACGAGCUGGGCCAGAUGAACGGGUCUGCCGGGGGUGCGGCGGGCGGGGAAGACCAGGAGCUGCCGGCCCAACACGAGCUGGGAGAGGAGCUGAAGUUCACCGGAAGGCUGGGCGGCGGCUUGUGGUUGGACUUCAAGAGGAAGAUCCCGUUCUACUGCAGCGACAUCUACGACGGCUUCCAUAUCCAGACCAUCUCCGCCGUGCUCUUCAUCUACUUGGGCUGCAUCACCAACGCCAUCACCUUCGGCGGCCUGCUGGGGGACGCCACCGACAACUACCAGGGCGUGAUGGAGAGCUUCUUGGGCACGGCUCUGGCGGGAACCGUCUUCUGCUUGUUCGGCGGUCAGCCUCUCAUCAUCCUCAGCUCCACCGGACCCAUCCUCAUCUUCGAGAAGCUUCUAUACGAGUUCUGCAAGAGCAACGGCGUGGACUACAUGGAGCUGCGCCUGUGGAUCGGCAUCCACUCCUGUCUGCAGUGCCUGGUGCUGGUUCUGUCCGACGCCAGCUACAUCAUCCAGUACAUGACCCGCUUCACCGAGGAGGGCUUCUCCAGCCUCAUCUCCUUCAUCUUCAUCUCGGACGCCAUCAAGAAGAUGGUGGGAGUCUUCAAAUAUUACCCCAUCAACCGCGGCUUCAAGCCGGACUACGUGACGUCGUACACGUGCGACUGCGUGCCUCCUGACCAGGCCCCGCUGGCGGACGACAACAUGACUCUGCUGUUCAACGUGAGCGACCUGGCCUGGACUCAGCUGAGCAAGAAGGAGUGCGUGAAGUACAGCGGCGCCCUGGUGGGCAAGGCCUGUAAGUACGUGCCCGACCUGGCCCUCAUGUCCUUCAUCCUCUUCUUCGGCACCUACUCCAUGACCGUCUCCCUCAAGAAGUUCAAGUUCAGCCGCUACUUCCCGACAAAGCUCCGUAAGUUUGUCAGCGAUUUCUCCAUCGUUAUUUCCAUCCUGGUCUUCUGCGGGUUGGACGCCCUGCUGGACCUGGACACCCCCAAACUGCACGUCCCCACUGAGAUAAAGCCCACACGUGCAGACCGCGGGUGGCUGGUGAGUCCUGUGGGCAAGAACCCCUGGUGGUGGUACCUGGCCAGCUCGGUGCCGGCCCUGCUGGUCACCAUCCUCAUCUUCAUGGACCAGCAGAUCAGCGCCGUCAUCGUCAACCGCAAGGAGAACAAGCUGAAGAAAGGUUGCGGCUACCACCUGGACCUGUUCUGGGUGGGGGUCCUGAUGGCCGUGUGCUCCUUCAUGGGUCUGCCCUGGUACGUGGCCGCCACCGUCAUCUCCAUCGCUCACAUCGACUCCCUCAAGAUGGAGAGUGAGUCCAGCGCCCCCGGAGAGCAGCCACAGUUCUUGGGGGUCCGCGAGCAGAGGCUGACCGGGACUCUGGUCUUCGUCCUGACCGGACUCUCCGUCUUCCUGGCCCCCGUCUUGAAGUACAUCCCCAUGCCCGUCCUCUAUGGGGUCUUUCUCUACAUGGGCGUGGCCUCACUCAGCGGCAUACAGUUCUGGGAGCGCAUGAAGUUGUACAUGAUGCCACCCAAACAUCAACCAGACUUCUCCUUCCUGCGCCAUGUUCCCCUGAGAAGGGUCCACCUCUUCACGCUGGUGCAGGUCAUAUGUCUGGCCGUCCUCUGGGUCCUAAAGUCCACCUUCCUGGCCAUCAUCUUCCCCGUCAUGAUCCUGGGUCUGAUGGUGGUGCGGAAGCUUCUGGACUUGAUAUUCUCCCAACACGACCUGGCCUGGCUGGACGACCUCCUCCCUGACAGGGAGAAGAAGAAGAGUGAGGACGAGAAGAAGAAGAAGAAGACGAAGAAGAAGACGAUGGAGACGGAGAGCGACGAGGAGCCUCGCGGUCCCGCCUCCUCUCAGAUUCCCAUGGAGGUUUUAGAGCCAGACUCCGCCCACGUUUGCCUUCCCGCACCCGCCUGUGACUGUGAGUACCCCCCCACUUCACCCCCAAUAAAGUUCACCUUGACUUUUGUCUGAUCUGUUCACCUUAGCUCCGCCUCCUAGCAACCAGACUGCCGUAUUUCCUUGAAUUGCCGCCGGGCAACGUUCCCUCUCGGCCGCACACAAAAUCGGAUGAAAAGAUAAGCGCAUAACAGUGUGCACGCCUGCCGUCGCUCACAUGUGCGCCACUGAAUGGUCAAAGAGUUUUGGCAUUUGCUCACUUAUAUGAAAAAUUGGAGAGAAAAUUGCCGCCGGGUAUAUAGUAUGCACCUGACUAGAAUUACUGCCGGGUCAAACUCGUUUCGUAAAAUAUAAUUUUUAUUAGCGCAUGUCUAGAAUUUCCGCCGGGUCAAGCUCGUUUCGUCAAAUAAUUUGCAUAUGCCUAGAAUUUCCACCGGGUCAAACUCGUCACGUCACGAGUGACACUUCACCUGUUCUCAUUUUCAAAAUGGAGGAGGCUGAUUUCAAUCAUUUGAAAUCGCAUAAAGGGAAGAAGAUUAAGAGCUAUUCAGUAGGUUUUAAGGUCCAAGCUAUUGAAUAUGCUAAAAAGAACAGUAAGCAGCUAUGUUUUAUUAAUAUACCGUAGCUGCGCGUGUCAAAUAUGAGUCAUUAAAUGACUCCCGCCUCCUGGUGGUAGAGGGCGCUAGUGAUCCUUCUUGCGACUACUCGGCUGCAGAAGAAGUGACAACAAGCAGCGAUCGUUUAUUUUUUCCUCUCGCUUGCACUUUUAACAUGGAGGAUUACAUAUCUAAAAUAAAACAGUUUUCUAAACUGGACUUUCAAUGGAAGCAGGAGGUAAUAAAGGAAGCUCUCCAUCGAGACAGAGAGACUUUUAAAACUGAAGAAAGAUAAGGAAGACUUCUAUAAACAAGUUAUCGAUGCUUUUGAUCAGAAGGAGCUGCGCAUGGACUUCAUUUAUAAGUAAAGGUAAGACCAUGAUGGUAUCCUUACAUCACACUCAAAUGUAUAAGCGCAGGCCUAAAUUUACCGCAUGUCUUUGGUAAACGCCGGAGUGAGAAGAGGUUUUAAAUUAAUUAGCGCCCCGGCGGCAAUUCAAGGAAAUACGGUAUUUAGAAAACACGAGUGGCUAAAUCAGUCUCACUGUCACUCGCCACGUCAGAGAUGCCCGCCAUCUUGUCCUGACGACCUUGUGCACGUGUGUGUGUGUCAGGAGUUUGAGCGGUACUCCACGUCGACCUGCGAUCCGGACCGAGCGGCCCCCAGGUACUGUGUGCUGAAGCUGCACGUCCCCUACUGUGACCUCAUGCUGUCCCCCGACUCCGCCCCCAUGCCGCCUAACGUGUCUCUUUUAUUGUGAAAUGUGCAUAUUUAUGGGCCGCUUCCGCCGUAGAGCGCCACCUUGUGUUUAGACGUCACAAAAUAAAAGUGGUCUCUUUAGAACCUGGACGUCACGCUCAUUUUAGCUCAGGGGCCACAUGGAAGAAGGUCUGUUCCAUGGCAAGAUAACUUCGAAAUAAAGACAACUUCAGAUUGUUUUCUUAAAAAUAGAGCACUUCA